GUGCGUUUGCACAGGGGGCGUGGCCCGGCUGAGGUAGUGCCUGACUGCGCGCCCAGACGCCGGCGCCAUGGAGGAGUACGCUCGGGAGCCUUGCCCAUGGAGAAUUGUGGAUGAUUGUGGUGGAGCCUUCACUAUGGGUGUCAUUGGCGGCGGAGUCUUCCAGGCCAUCAAGGGCUUCCGCAACGCCCCAGUUGGAAUUCGGCACCGGCUGAGAGGUAGUCUCAAUGCUGUGAGAAUCCGAGCCCCUCAGAUUGGAGGUAGCUUUGCAGUGUGGGGGGGGCUGUUCUCUACCAUCGACUGCGGCCUGGUUCGGCUGCGGGGCAAAGAAGAUCCCUGGAACUCCAUCACCAGUGGAGCAUUGACCGGGGCUGUAUUGGCUGCCCGAAGUGGCCCAUUGGCCAUGGUGGGCUCAGCAAUGAUGGGGGGCAUCCUGUUAGCACUUAUUGAAGGUGUUGGCAUCCUUCUCACUCGCUACACAGCCCAGCAGUUCCGAAAUGCACCCCCAUUCCUGGAGGACCCCAGCCAGCUGCCCCCGAAAGAGGGUACCGCAGCCUCAGGCUAUCCCAACUAUCAGCAAUACCACUGAGGAAGCUGCCGCCUGCCACCACCACCACGGGAGCUGCUCCUCGCUUCCCUCCCCGCUUAUCUACCUCGAAGGGAGGGCUGGCUCCCAGUUAGCCCUGGGACCCUCCGGAGAGGGCUUCUACUGUGUUCCCUUGUCCCAGGGUGGGGGUGGGGCACCCCAGCUGCUGUGACAGAUGGGUCCCCCAUUUCCUCUCUCAGGGCACCCCAGCCCCACACUCACAUGUAACAAGCUCUCAUCCCAGCUCCUUUGUGUGGCACCCUGAUGAGUAUUUAAAACCAGUUUUGAAAUGCC